AUGGAAAAGGAAAACCUCAAGGCGGCCGAGAGCUCUGCAGAAGUCGAACAGCAACCGGUCGAACAACCUCCAUCCUAUGAUGCCACUCAUCAACAAGAACCAUCUGCACCCGAAGACCUACCCAUUCUCGUCCUCGACGACUGUCGCAUCUACUCCGCAUAUGCUCCCUCUCACACGCUAUACGAGCUCAACAGUCCCCCGGCCUACAACACGACCGAUGUCUAUGGCAUCGAAAAGAUGCGAUAUCGCGUCGCCAACUCAGACUCGGAACCAAGUCUCAAGUCUCGCCUCGACCACAUAUACGACUUUAAACCCGAAUUUGUGAGCAAAGGCGAAUUUGGAGGCGCAAAUGGAAAGAAUGUCGUUCUCACGGGGCAGACGAGUCAGAAGCGGACAUUUCCUAAAGUUACAAUGUCGCAGGGCUUGUCUACCAGUUCUUUCAAGGUUGAGGGACUUCUCAAGGCAGAUACUGAUUUACGAGGACGACUUAGUCGAGGCAAGGCAAACACGAUAAUUUGGAAGGAUGCUGAAGGCAAGGUCAUUGCUGAGGAAACACGCCCGCAACGCGACAAAGAGGGUAAGAUUGAGGAGCCGCCUCGACUUUCGAUCAAAGCAACAGUUGAGGAGAAGCUGUUUGAUCUGCUUGUCGCUUGCUGGUGCGCUCGCGUAUGGAGGGAUGCUGUCAAAGACCUCCGUGAGCCUUUUACGUGGGAACAAUUCAAACGAAUUGCAUCCGCGAAGACUACUGGGGCAACAGGCAUCUAUGGUGGCGGACGUACGGGGGCUAGGUUUUCAUAG